AUGACCAACCAAGUUACCCACUUUUCGACCGUUAUCAGUCCAGGGGGUCAGUUUGAUGAUUCCGAUGGUGCACCAUGGCAGCGCAUCCUCGUUACCAUGUGUUUUCCGGGCAGGCUCCCAAGGCAGACAAUUCAAGGGAAUAUUCCUGUCCAUAUUUCAGUUUCUGUUGCCGAAGAAUAUGGGCCAUUUACCUCCCCAGUUAUGGAGGCCAUAUCAGUGGAUCUUUGCCCCACUCAUAUUUUUGGAUCUUACCUCACCCAGUUCACUCCCAGUCAAGCCGACAAUAAUCUUUCCUCCCAAGAGGAUGUCGUUAUUCCAUUCCUCCCACUUCGAGAAACCUUCAACUAUGCUAAUCCGAUGGAAUGGGCCACGCUAUCGAGGGAGAUCAAAAGAUGGUUGGUGACUGAAGUAGACAUCAGGUCUCAAUUGUGGACAUGGGGACGCGAUGCUUUUUGGCUUACAUUCGUCGCAGCAUACCCUUUGUUUCCUGGAGGCAAAUGGCCAAUGUGGGACCCUCGAGUUCCUGUGGAGGGGACAUUUAUUAAGGAGUGGUUGGGACAGCCGAGUGAUAUAUUAGUCUGCAUCGUGUGUACUACUACUGUGCCAAUGAUACCAUUGUUUGAUGCCUCCGAGUCAGUGUGA